AGUCGUCGACGGAACGUCAUGAAACGAUUAUGUGCAAGUGAGUGAAUUUCUUUUUUUUCGUCUCUUUCAUCUCAAAGAAUUAAAAACAGACACGAAAGAAUUCGAGAUGACAAAUAAAUUUCAUAAAGUUCCUGUACUGCGAACUGAAUGGGAGAUUCCCGAAUACUACGACAAUUUAUCAUUCUCACAUCGAUCAGCAUUUGGAAUUUAUUGCAUUGCUUAUGACAGAAAGCACAAAAAUGCAGUUGAAAUCAAACGAUGGAGUAUUAGCAGCAAUAAGGAAACUUCAAGAAAAGCUUUUCUGGAAUUGAAAAUGCUGAGACAUUUAACACACAACAACAUUGUGAAACUUACAAAUUCGUUCUAUAAAGACAACAAAUUAUACCUCGUCAUGGAUGUCAUGCAAGAUAAUUUGAAUAAUAUCAUCAGAGCACAGCGACUGCAAAGCGACGACAUCCGAUACAUAAUUUAUCAGAUUUCGAGAGGACUAAAUUAUUUACACAGUUCAGGCAUUACUCAUGGUGAUUUAAAGCCCACGGAUAUUGGAAUCAAUAAAGAUUUGAGCAUAAAAAUAAUUGAUUUGAAUGUUGAACGACCGAAAGAAACCGAUUAUGUGUUGACGAAAUGGUAUCGAGCACCUGAGCUUCUAUUUGCGUGGAAAGCAUCAACCGAGAAAGUUGAUUUAUGGAGCUUGGGAUGCAUUAUGGCUGAGUUUCUUUGCGGAAGAAUUAUAUUUGCGGGACGUGAUCAUUUACAACAAUUAAGAUUGAUUCUUGAGCUACUUGGAACCCCGUCAAAAGAAUUUUUCAAUCCAUCUUGUCAUUUUUGCAUAAUAACUCAAAAUUUGAUAACUGGCGAAAAGUUUGUCAGAUCUUUGCCAUUCUUUCGUAAAAAGAGCUUUCGACGAGUUUUUGAUGAAUGUGAUGACGAAACCGGAAUCGAUUUUCUAGAAAAACUUUUGCAAUUGGAGCCAUGCGAAAGAAUCGACACAACGACAGCACUCAAACAUCCAUACUUAAAUAAAUAUGAGAAAGAUGAUGAUAGUGAUUCUGUGACGACGAAAUUUGAAGACAUUUGUGAGGUUGAAAAUGAAGAUUGGAUAACUUGUAUAGAGCAAAAUGUUGACAUUAAAGAUUAAUUACUUAGUAGUAUAAGAGUCAAAGACAUUGCAUAUGAUGUUGAAUUAUUAUGUUUCUUUUCAGAAAAGACGAUAUUUAAAUAGAUAUAAUUUGUAAGAAGAGUAA